GGGGGCGGUCUUCCUCGCCUGGCUGGUCCUUUGUUUCCUGAGUUUGCGCUCCUGGCUCCGGGUCCCCUCUGGUCUCCAUUGCUUUGUCUCCUUCGCGCCUAGAUGCCCUAAAUGGCUGUGCAGUAGCCUCUGUGGCUCAGUGACCUGCACGAACUGAGAAAUUUAUGAGGAGGACGCCAGGACAUGAUCAAGAUGAGGACCUGGCACAGGAAACUUCAUCUAAGGAUGUCCCAGGUGUUCACAUGGUAGACAAAGCCACAGAGACAAACAGUGACCUGGGAGACCGGGAGGAGGCUAUGCCAGGACAAACAUCCUCUGAGGAAGCCACAAGUGUUCACAUGAUACACGGGGACCCAGCCACACUGGAAAAGAUUCUGACGAAGGAUCUACUACAGGAGCUGUCUGGUUACAAUGGAGAGGAGAAGGACCCAGAGGAUGUGAAGAAAUCCUCAGGAGUUAUACAAAAGGAAUUGGAAGACUCCACCAUUACAGGCAGCCACCAGCAAUGUCAGCAAGUCCUUCCUCUGCACCUGCGGAAGAAGCAACAGAAAAGACAAAAGUGGAAGAAGAAGUGUGAGUGUGCAGCGGGCAGAAUGAUGAGGGAAGCAGACACGUGCCCAUGUUCUUCAUGGCUACACUCACUUUCUUGUUGUCCCAUCAUGAAAACCAGGAAGCCUAGGAAGAAUGCCCUGAACUGUUGGGACAUUUUUAGUUUAUUUUAGAGACCUCUGAAGGUAAGUGAACGAUGCCCUGAGAACAUCCUCCAGGAAACAGACACCCAAUCCAUAGCAGCCCCUGAGCCUGCUGGGCUGAACCCUCCACAGACUGCUUAGUGAGGGAGACACUGAGGUGCUGGGUAGACCACCAUGUGCUGGAUUCCAAGGGCUGUGCACUCUGUUAUCUGUCUGCAGUGACACUUCAGCUCACCAACAUCUCAUUUGGGGGGACCUAGCUCCGUCCACCCAGCCUCUUGAGGCCAACAGGGAGCAUCACUAGUUCAUCCUGAGGAGACACUAGGGUUGACAUGAAUCCCCCCCAGUUCAGGCCUCCUGGGAAAGGUGUGAGAGGGAUGGAGACACCCCUGGUUCCUUGUCACACAAGCAAGCAGCCCACUCGGCCCAGUAUUGCAGGCCAGUGAGCACUCAGUCGGUCCUGGCAUCAAGCAGAGGACAUGGCAGGAUCCAAGAAGCACAGAAAUGUGUCCAGUCCCCGGGGUCCUUCAGCCUCUGUGGGGGUCUGGGGGCCUCCAGUCCCAGGGGUCCUUCAGCCUCUGUGGGGGUCUGGGAUGGCCUCAUGGCCCCAUUUUUCAAGAUGAGGUUGGAGGUUUCUGUAUGUGGAGAGCACUGGCUUGGGCAUCAGUGGUUCUGUAUCUGUGCCAAAUGCCAACAAAACAAACCCCUGAAGACAUUUCAGGAUGAUGCUCACUUAGGAGGGGUUGAGGGCCUGAUUUAGGGAGCCUCUGUUUUUUAAAUAUAUUUUUCGAUCUUGAAAUAAGGUACACAUAUGAAUGUGUGUGUGUGUGUGUGUACGUAUACACUGUUUUUCACUCUUUCAAAUGUAUGUCUUCUGUAACCCUUUUAUGCUAGAAUAUCUGAACAUGAGAAAUUUAUAUCUUACCAAAGCAUAAUUUGAAAAAUUACAAUGCAAAGACAGGUCCAGUGGGGAUGCUAGAAAGACCAGGUCUUAUUAGGCAAUAACAAUGACGUGCUCCAGGAAGCUAUGCAUAUUCAACGUGCAGCUCUUCUGUCUGGAAGGCACAGAGGAUCUGGGUGGCAAGGCAGGGUCACCACCCCCACCCUGUGUUAUGAGCAUGCGUGCUCCUCUUAGGGCCCAGGAGCAUGGGACUCUGCCUGUUGAUCCUGGAAUCCUUGAAAUUCCCCCAUUUCUCUGUGUCUGUUUUGCUGUCCAGGGAACCAGCCCCCAGAAGGUGCCUGUGUGAGCACCCAGGUUCAGUUCUUCCUCCAUGACACUUACAGACACUCUCUGUGGACAGAUAACCCCUCAGCAAAGAGCAGCACACAGGGCUCAGUGCCUUGACAUCUGAGUAGACCUGACUUUCAGGAGCUCAGGGGCCCAAGGUCACCUUCCAGGACCCAAGGACCUCUCCGAGACCUGCACGACCCCAUGGAGCCCUUCCUCCCUCCACCUCUAUGCCUCCCCAGUGACCCUUGCACCUCUGUCUGUGUUGCAGAUUCCUCGAACACCAGGAAGGGCCCUGAUGUGGGGAUGUCAACAUGGCUCAGAUUGAUGUGGAUCGUGAUCGUUUUGGGAACUGUGUUACUCCAAAAACUUUUAUAAUCUUUGCUUAAUUUGUUUUUAAAUAUUUCCCUGGCUGGGCAUGGUGGCUCAUGCCUGUAAUCCCAGCACUUUGGGAGGCAGAGGCCGGUGGAUCACGUGAGGUCAGGAGUUGGAGACCAGCCUGGCCAACAAGGUGAAACCCCGUCUCUACUAAAACUACAAAAAUUAGCUACGCAUGGUGGCGCACGCUUGUAGUUUCAGGUACUCGGGAAGCUGAGGCAGGAGAAUCGCUUGAACCUGGGAGGCAGAGGUUGCAGUGAGCCGAGAUCGUGCCACUACACUCCAGCCUGGCGACAGAGUGAGACUUCAUCUCAAAAAAAAAAAUUUUUUUCCUGAUUUUAACCUCUGUUUUUUAGAGGGCACAAAUUGUUCUUGUGUUGUUUCUAUUUUACAUUUUUUUCCUGAAGUUGUUUUCCAAUUGUUUUCAUUCCUUCCAAAGUUUUGUUUACUCAGUUUUGAGUUUUUGUAAUUUUAAAAGACUUCUUUCAUGCUUUCAUUUUCUUAAUGACCUUUACCUCAUUUUUAAAACAAAUCCAUAGUACGGUCUUCAAGAACCUCAGCUGUUUAACGAUGAGACUCCACGUUUUCCUCACUGCUCUUUUUGCCAUCUUCCAAGUACUACCCGGCAUCACUAGGGCCCUCCAUUUUGAAAGACCUGAGAUCUGUCUGAAGCGCGGAACACCGAAUUGUGAGCCUUUCAGAGGACCCUGCAGGGCUUUCACCGUUUGCUGUAAAGUAAGGAGAAGCUGAUGGACGAGCCCCGCAAAGAACACAGGCGUGGGAUCUGAAGCAUGGCUCCUUUAGUCCAAAUGACAGCAAACAUUACUCAAGUCCACAUAAUUGAUUAUUAUCAUUAGGACUGAUUAAAGAAAGAUAUGUUUCUCAUGAAGGGGUAGGCACUGGGUAGGAGAAAAUUCUAAUUAAACUUAUAUUAUGUUUGAAAGUUUGCAAAGCAUUUUACUCACAUAACGUAUUUAAUCCUUAAGCCCAUUUUGGUUUAUAAACUCCGUUUCACAGAUGUAGAAACUGAAACUCAGCUAGGUUAAAUAACUUGCCCAAGAUCACGCAGUCUAAGGUUUUUCUUUCAGUGCAAGGUACUCUGGAAAUACUAAAUAAAUAAAUAGCCUAAAAUAAAUAGCCAGAUUUUGGAAUAUGUUGAUCUGAGUUUCUGCCCCAUGCCUGUUGGCCCUAUUGGCUUUCAUUAGCUAACACUGUCUUUCCUAUCUUUAUUUAUAUAUUUCACAAUAUUCAUUUAUCUGUUAAUUGACAAGUGAAAAAUUGUGUGCGUUUAUGGUGUACAACAUAGUACUCUCUAAAUGGAAUAGUCAGUCAAUCUCAGGGACCACCUUCCAGGGAAAACAGUGGCUCACACAUAUAACCGCAGCACUUUAGGAGGCCAAGGCAGGUGAAUUGCUUGAACCGAAGGUUCGAGCCCAGCCUGGGCAAUAUGGCAAGUUUCCACCUCUACAAAAAAUUAAAAAAAUUUAAAAAUUAACCGGGCCUUGUGGCAUGCACCUGUAGUCCCACCUAUUCGAGAGUCUGAGGUGGGAGAACUAGUGGGCUGCAUUCCCAGGAGGUUAAGGCAUUGUUAUUCACAGGAUGAGGUAGGAAAUUGGCACAAGAUAAGGUCAUAAAGACCUUGCUGAUAAAACAGGUUGCAGUAAAGAAGCCGGCUAAAACCCACCAAAACCAAGAUGGUCAUGAGAGUGACCUCUGGUCGUCCUCACUGCUACACUCCCACCAGCACCAUGACAGUUUACAAAUGCCGUGGCAACCUCAGGAAGUUACCCUAUAUGGUCUAUAAAGAGGUGGCAUAAAUAAUCUACCUCUUGUUUAGCAUAUAAUCAAGAAAUAACCAUAAAAACGGGCAAGCAGCCCUGAGGGCUGCUCUGUCUAUGGAAUAGCCAUUCCUUUAUUUAUUUAUUUUCCUAAUAAACUUGCUUAACUUGCUUUCACUUUA